GUUUUAGUAUGCUGGCACGUGGGAGGAACAAGGGAUCUCACUGAGGGGGUCAAGUGGUGACCCGAGGAGGCAGGGAUGGCGGGCCGCUGAGUGGCGUGUUACUGCUUCGGAAAUAGUGGGCAGGACCCUGAGCAGAGCUGGUGGUUUGGGAGAAGGUAGUUUUCUCUCAGGCGUGAAGAGGGUGGCGGUCGCCUUUAGGGCGGCCUACGCAUCCAGUCGGCCGGGCUAGUGCCCUUGCCCACAGGCUUGAGGGGAAGGUAGGCCCUGCCCUGUGGAACCUUACUUUUUCAGGUUUUAAAGCAGUUUUGAAGAGGACUCACAAACCUUAGACUUGGGAGAUAAGAGGUGGAGGAGAGACUAAUCCCUAGUUACCUGGGGGAGAGAAGAUGUUCAAUAAAUGGAACCUCAGAGACCCAGCAAAUAUUGUGAACUCAAGGUAAGAAACCAGAAUAGAUUCAACACCGCGUCUUCUACAGAUUUUUGAUGGAUCCUGUCCGCCCACCAUUCAGGGCCCCUGCUCCUGUCCACCCAUCUCAGUGUGUACGAAUGCCAGGCUGUUGGCCGCAAGCUCCUAGACCUUUGAACUUAGCUCUGGGAAGGGCAGGACCUACAGGCAGAGGCUAUGUGUUUGGAAAGCCAGAGGUACCCACCACACAGAAUCAGCCAGCACAAAGGGAGUGUAUUGGUUUGGUGUCCAUGUUCCGAGGCAUGGGCCUUGAGAUGGUGUCCCCGACUCCUCUGAAACGAGAAGUGCCUUCUUUAGGUAGAGGCAUUUUAGGUCGAGGCUUGUCAGCUAACAUGGUACACAAGGACAAAGAAGAACCUCGUCCUGCUUUUCCUGAUCCUCUGGUAUUGGCAGCUGGGAAUAGCAAGCUGGCAGAGGCCACUGUUGGUUGGAAUAGAAUUCUUGGAAGAGGGAGUUCAGAUGCCUCUUCAUUACCUCUGGGAAGAACAGCUGGUAGCAUAGGCAGAGGAGUAGAUAAGCAUCUUCAGACACCUGGCCUGACUGCCAGGGACCCCCAGCAGCUGUCACCACCAAAGCCUCUGCCCAGGUCCUCACUGAACUCUCCAGAUCACUCCUCUGGCCCAACUGUGGAACACAAAGAGAGAGAGCACUUUGUGAAGCAAGGAUCAAAAGGAACACCUCAAUCUUUGGGACUGAAUCUCAUCAAAAUACAGUGUCAUAAUGAAGCAGUUUAUCAAUAUCAUGUGACUUUCAGCCCCAACAUAGAAUGCAAAAGCAUGAGGUUUGGCAUGUUAAAGGACCAUCAAGCUGUCACUGGAAAUGUCACUGCUUUUGAUGGAUCUAUUCUCUAUCUGCCUAUUAAGCUUCAACAAGUUCUUGAGUUAAAAAGUCAAAGGAAAACUGAUGAUGCUGAGAUCAGCAUUAAGAUUCAGUUGACAAAGAUCCUGGAGCCUUGUUCUGACUUGUGCAUUCCUUUCUACAAUGUUGUUUUCCGACGGGUAAUGAAACUUUUAGAUAUGAAGCCUGUGGGGAGAAACUUCUAUGACCCUACAAGUGCUAUGGUAUUACAGCAACACAGAUUGCAGAUCUGGCCUGGCUAUGCAGCUAGCAUCCGGAGGACAGAUGGAGGUCUUUUUCUGCUAGUUGAUGUCUCCCAUAAAGUCAUUCGGAAUGAUUCUGUGCUGGAUUUCAUGCAUGCCAUGUACCAGCAGAGCAAAGAAAACUUCCAAGAUGAGUGCAGUAAGUUUCUGGUUGGCAGUAUUGUUAUUACCCGAUACAAUAAUCGAACCUAUCGGAUUGAUGAUGUGGAUUGGAAUAAGACUCCAAAGGACAGCUUCACAAUGUCUGAUGGGAAGGAGAUCACAUUCCUGGAAUACUACAGGAAAAACUAUGGGAUCACAGUUAAGGAAGAGGACCAGCCACUGCUGAUCCACAGGCCCAGUGAGAGACAGAAUAAACAUGGGACGCUGCUAAAAGGUGAAAUCUUGCUUUUGCCUGAGCUUUCCUUCAUGACUGGGAUUCCAGAGAAGAUGAAGAAGGACUUUAGAGCCAUGAAGGAUUUGACCCAGCAGAUCAACCUGAGCCCCAAACAGCACCAUAAGGCUUUGGAGUGCUUGAUCCAGAAAAUUUUAAAGAACGAGACAGCCAACAAUGAACUGAUGCGGUGGGGGCUCUGUCUGCAAAAGGACAUACACAAGAUUGAAGGACGUGUUCUACCGAUGGAAAGAAUUAAUUUAAGAAAUACUUCAUUUAUCACAUCUCAGGAGCUAAGCUUUGUAAAGGAAGUAACGAGAGACCCUUCCAUCUUGACUAUACCCAUGCACUUCUGGGCACUAUUUUAUCCAAAGAAAGCAAUGGAUCAGGCCAGAGAACUGGUCAACAUGUUAGAGAAAAUAGCUGGCCCCAUUGGCAUGCACAUGAGUCCACCAGCCUGGGUCGAACUGAAGGAUGACCGAAUAGAGACCUAUAUCAGAACCAUUCAAUCCGUGCUUGGAGUUGAGGGGAAGAUACAGGUGGUUGUUUGCAUCAUCACAGGCACACGUGAUGAUCUCUAUGGAGCCAUCAAGAAGCUGUGUUGUGUGCAGUCCCCAGUGCCCUCACAGGUCAUCAAUGUUCGAACCAUUGGUCAGCCCGCCAGGCUUCGGAGUGUGGCUCAGAAAAUUUUGCUUCAGAUUAACUGUAAAUUGGGCGGGGAGCUCUGGGGAGUAGAUAUUCCUCUGAAACAGUUAAUGGUGAUUGGGAUGGAUGUUUACCAUGACCCCAGCAGAGGCAUGCGUUCUGUGGUUGGCUUUGUUGCAAGCAUCAAUCUGACCCUCACUAAAUGGUAUUCACGAGUGGUGUUCCAGAUGCCUCAUCAGGAGAUUGUGGAUAGCCUGAAGCUGUGUCUGGUGAGCGCCUUGAAAAAGUUUUAUGAGGUGAACCACUGUCUACCAGAGAAGAUCGUGGUAUACCGUGAUGGAGUGUCUGAUGGCCAACUAAAGACAGUUGCCAACUAUGAAAUUGCUCAGCUACAGAAGUGUUUUGAAUCUUUUGAGAAUUACCAGCCAAAGAUGGUGGUGUUUGUAGUUCAGAAGAAAAUCAGCACCAAUCUAUACCUGGCUGCCCCUGAGCACUUCAUGACUCCCUUGCCUGGGACUGUGGUAGAUCAUACAGUAACAAGCUGUGACUGGGUGGAUUUCUACCUUCUUGCCCAUCAUGUACGGCAAGGCUGUGGCAUCCCUACACACUACAUCUGUGUUUUCAACACCACAAACCUGAGCCCUGAUCAUAUGCAGAGGUUGACUUUCAAACUGUGCCACCUGUACUGGAACUGGCCUGGUACCAUCCGAGUCCCAGCCCCUUGCAAGUAUGCCCACAAGCUUGCCUUUCUGUCAGGACAGAUCUUGCAUCACGAGCCAGCCAUCCAGCUGUGUGAGAACCUGUUCUUCCUGUGACUGUGUGGCCUGGACCUAGGCUGGCAAGGCAAAAUUGGACUUCUCACCUCAGCUUUGAGGAACAAGCAGACUUGGAAUUGGGUUUUGUGUUGGUGUUUUCCCGUUCUCCUACUCGUAGAGUAAGAUUUCUUUUUUUCUUUUAAAGCUCGUAUCACCAAGAAGCAGGCUUUUAAGUAAUAGCUGGAAUGGCUGGGGAUUUAGCUCAGUGGUUCUGCUGCCUGCCUCACAAGCACAAGGUCCUGAGUUGGAUCCCCGGUACCAAAAAAAGUGUUCAGUUAAGUAACAGCUGGAAAUUUCCUUGAUACCUUUGUAGAGCAAAUGGCUCCUCCUGUGAGAGUGUGGUGAGGCCCAUGAACCCCUGGGAGCCCCCCAAGGUCAGGGGGUAUAGCGUAGUGGUAGAGGGUACCUAGAAUCCAUGGAGCCCUACAUUCAAUCCCCAUCACCAAAAAAAAAAAAACAAAUAACCCUCCAAAGCCAACAUGAGCUG